AUGAAUGGGAAAGAGAGAAAAUGUGGGGGGAUAUUCGAGCAUGAAAUACUUGAAACGGAGUGGGAAGAGGUGGUGGGCGCACGAGAGGGGUUGAUGCUGGGCGGUGGCUUUUGCCGAGGCAGUAUUUGCUGGGGAAGAGGAGAGGCAGCAUCAUACGUGGAGGUCUGGGCAAUUACAGUGGUGGUGGAGGAGGAGGAGGAGGAGGAGGAGGAGGAGGAGGAGGAGGAGGAGGAGGAGGAGGAGGAGGAGGAGGAGGAGGAGGAGGAGGAGGAGGAGGAGGAGGAGGAGAGAAUGCGAGGGGAUUAG